AUGGGCUGCUCGCAGUCCUCGCCGGAGGAGAUCCGCAACCGGGAGAUCAAUGACAUGUUAUCAAGGGAGAAGGUUUUGGCGAGGUGAGCGAGGGUUACGAGCUGUCCUACCCUGCCUCAUCGUGUGGUUCUGACCUGUGAUUUUGACAUGACUUCGCUUCGGAAGUCGCGAAGUGAAAUGUGAGUUCAACAUUGCUCGGCCAAUCGCGGCCCGACAACCGGCGCGGCGGCACUGAGACAUGUCAUUCUGGUGGUUCGCAAUGCUUCAAUGGCCAUAUAUACUGAUGAACAUAGCAUCUCGGUGAAAUCUGGUUGCAUCUAUAGGUCUCCUCUUAGGAGCCGGCGAAUCUGGCAAAUCGACGGUCCUCAAGCAGAUGGCGCUCCUUAGUGGAGGUACCCAUUCGGACGCGGAGAGGCAUGCCUACCGCGAGAUCAUUUACUCGAACGCCGUUCAAAGCAUGCAGGUAUGAUACAUCUACCAGCGAAUACUCAGGGUCAGAUGUACUGUGGAGAGGCUCACGAAUGUAUGCCCCUUUGCUUUUUGUUCUCGCGGACGCGCCGUUGUUCGGGGAUGCGACGAUCAGGUCGUCGUUCUGGCGCUAGAAGAUUUGGGCUUGCCUUUGUCCUCGUCGCGCAACACUUCCUUUGCUGAUCAUUUUAGACGGUUGGACAUCCAACCUGGUAAGUGAGCGGCGAUGGCAUGGUCGUGAUAUCCGAAUGGCGAUCUUACUGAUUUGCUCGACUUUUCAUGUCAGAUGUGAUGGAUGAUCGGGGGAAUCUGCACCCCGAAUUGCGCGAUGGCUUGAUAUCACUCUGGAACGAGCCGGCCGUGAGGGCAUGUGUGGCUCAAUCCCAUCGAUUCCAACUCAACGACUCUGCACAAUAGUAUGUCUCUAUCUCAGAGUCCAUCCCAUAUUUCACAGGCAUCCAAACCUGACUCCCCACCUGAUUCCCUCGCGCCACGCACAGUUUCUUCGCCGCCGCUCCCCGGAUAGGGGCCCCGGGUUAUCUUCCGACCGACGCCGACAUCCUUCGGUCGCGCGUUCGGACGACGGGUAUAACGGAGGCCAAAUUUCAAAUGUCCGAAAGAUUGACGUUCAGAUGUUUUGACGUGGGUGGGCAGAGGAGUGAGAGGAAGAAAUGGUACGCAUCUGGUGGCUUGGCGCUCAAGCUCAAGCUGAAGAAGGCUUGAAUCGCGGGUGAUGGCUGACUACUUCUUGGGUGCGUCGAAUAGGAUUCAUUGUUUCGAAGACGUCAACAUCGUCUUCUUCGUCGUUGCUAUCUCCGAAUUUAAUCAAACACUACGAGAGGACGAGACAGUAAAUCGGGUCUCCGAGGCGUGUGUCUUGUUCGAAUCCAUCUCCAACUCAAGGUACGUCCUGCUGGGACACCGGGCCCAGCGUUGAGAAGAGGGGGUGGGGCAGUAGUCUGACUUCUUCCUCAUACUGGGUAUUUGACUUAUCAGAUGGUUCAUAAGAUCAGGGUAGGUGUUUUCGACCCUUAUGUAACUAAAUCUUCUUCUCGUAGGCCAUCCGACUAACCCCCCCCCCCGCUCCGGGUCCUCACCCACAGUCUCCUCCUCUUCCUAAACAAGAUCGAUCUCCUCGAAAGCAAGCUGCAGCACACUCUAUUCUCAGACUCCUUUCCGGACUACCGAGGGGAGAAUACCCUUGUUGAAGUGCAACAAUACAGUACGUUCCAACCUGUGCACUCGCGCCACACGUACAUUUCCUGAUCCCAACCCUCAAUAUCAACACUUUUGCUCCCCACCCCACACGCAAUCCCUGCUCUCGAGUAGUGCUCAGCAUCUUCAAAUCGUUGUAUGUCCAAUUGGCUACGUUUGGGGUCCCGAUUAUUAUCUAAACCCUUCCCCUUGUGCGCCACAUAGAUGUCGGAAAACGAUUUACGCCCAUUUCACUUGCGCGACGGAUACCCAAGCGAUGAAGGUCGUCUUGGCCUCGGUGGAGAACCACAUCAUCGUGACGAACUUGAACGAUUCAGUAAGUUCAGAGCGUGACUUGAGCCGAAGGAGCGAAGAUUAGUCUUUCGCGGGACACGCCAUUUCGAGUUGAAAUACCAGGAAUGAGAAUCCUGACCGCGCUACUUUUUUUCGCUUCUUCACAGAACAUGAUGCUCUGA